CCCGCCCUCUGUGUGUUAGAAAACUCGGUGAUGUCGCUUCGUCUUUAACGAGCUUGACCCAGAAGCCGGAGAAGGAGGGGGAACCGAGGGGAGCCAAACACACCGAAACACCGAACAGUCUGGAAGGCGUCAGGACGGACUUUCCACAAAGCAGUCCAUUCCUCCUCGUUUCUGGGCUUGGUGGUUCGGUGUCCUCCUACACAUGAGCAGCUAGAGCUCAGCCUCUGAUCUUGGCGUGAUCUCUCACCUCUUCUAUCCAAACCACACCCACAGGUGAAGUGUGUAUGGAGCAGUGUGAGAGCGCAGCGGCUCUGCUGGAGUCGGUCAGGGAGCAGGAGGUGCAGUUUGAACAGCUGACCCGGGCGCUGGAGGAGGAGAGGAGGAGAGUGGGCCUCUCUGCCACCAGCCCCUCUGCCUUAGGUCGCCCCCUCCCUCACACACAGAACGGGCGUUUAGGUGAUGCAGACAUAGAACGACUGAAAUUGACUGACGCUUACAUAAACGGCACACAGUACAGGAUGGUGGACCCUGCACACGGCGCUCUAGAUGAGAGCUACACACCAGAAGAUGACUCACAGGAAGUGCACUCUGUGUUUUCGGAAGAGGGAACCACAAGACGGCUAGACACAAGUCUCCCUCAGAUGAAGAAACCAAUUUCACGCACAGUCCUGCCCUCCGACUCCAUGUCCAUCGAUGGGGGCUUGUCAGUGUCCGGUAUGGGGGGCUACAGUGCCACACUUGACCGUCCUUACAGGCAGCCUGUAGCAGGAGAUUACCCUACUGCCACAGUACCCAGAAACUACCACUACGCCCCUGUAGGGGCUUACGACGACUACCGGGGGGGCCCGCCAUCAGAAGCAUACACUAGCCUGAGCAGGGGCUCACACAUGGAUGAGCGCUAUAGGCCUGUUGAUGGCUACAGGACUCUCGAUUCUGGCUACCGGGCUCCAAGCCGUCAGCAGCUUGACCCUUACGCAGCACAGCCCCAAGUGAGCCGGGGAAUGAGGGCCUUGGGCUCAGCAUUGGAGAUGCGUUAUGGCCACGGCCACUAUGGUCUGGAGGAUGACCAGCGCAGUGUGGGAUAUGAUGACUAUGGUAUGGGGGCUCCACCCAUGCACCCUGGAGGCUACGGAACCAUGCCACGUCUGGGGCCUGGGCCUGGGGGGGUGGACAGACGAAGACUUAGGAGCUGUGAGGAUACUUUGGAUGGAGACAUGGGAGGAGGUGACCCUUAUGCCUGGGGCGUUCCCAUGACGAUGGACAGAGGCAGCAUGGCUUCACUGGACAGCACAUUGAGGAAGGGUCCUCCCGCCUCAUGGAGACAGCCUGAGCUGCCCGAGGUCAUCGCCAUGUUGAACUACCGACUGGACCCUGUCAAGACCAACGCUGCCGCUUUCCUCCAGCAUCUCACAUUCAAAAAUGACAAGGUUAAGUCAGACGUGCGUCGCCUGAAAGGUAUCCCAUCCUUGGUAUCAAUGCUGGACCACCCCAGCAAGGAUGUGCACCACUCGGCCUGUGGAGCACUGAAGAACAUUUCAUACGGGCGAGACCAAGACAACAAGAUCGCCAUUAAGAACUGUGAUGGAGUGCCUGCUCUGGUCAGGUUACUGAGGAAAACCCGUGACCAGGACCUCACUGAUACUAUCACAGGCACCUUGUGGAACCUCUCAUCCCACGACUCUGUGAAGAUGGAGAUUGUGGACCACGCCCUGCACGCCCUAGCUGAUGAGGUGGUCGUUCCACACUCGGGCUGGGAGCGAGCGAGCAAUGGUGCAGAGGAGAGCUGCAAACCACGCCAUCUGGAGUGGGAAACCGCCUUGACCAACACUGCUGGCUGCCUUAGGAAUGUGAGUUCAGAACGCAGCGAGGCCCGACGAAAACUCAGAGAGUGCACAGGAUUGGUGGAUUCACUCAUGUACAUUGUCCAAUCACAGAUCAACCGCAAAGAUGUGGAUAAUAAGUUGGUGGAGAACAGCGUUUGCCUCCUGAGGAAUCUGUCCUAUCAUGUUCAUCGUGAAGUCCCCGGCUGUGAACGUUACGCAGAGGCCGCGCCCCUCAAUCAGGGACCGGCCACCGCUAACAAAGGUGGCUGCUUUGGCUCUCGAAAGGGAAAAGAUGAAUGGUUUUCCAAAGGAAAGAAGGAUGGAGAUGAUGGAAGUGGAGAUCAAGUGGAUAUUCCAAAGAGAACAACACCUGCCAAAGGUUACGAGCUGUUGUUCCAACCAGAGGUGGUUCGUGUUUACACGUCACUGCUCAGAGAGAGCAAGAAUCCCUCGGUGCUGGAGGCUGCUGCCGGUGCCAUCCAGAACCUGUGUGCUGGAAGAUGGACUUAUGGUCGAUACAUCCGGGCCACUGUGCGUCUGGAGAAGGGUCUUCCCAUGAUGGCAGAACUGCUGGCUCAUGGUAAUGACCGUGUGGUCAGAGCGAUGUCCGGAGCCUUGAGGAACCUCGCCAUCGACAACCGCAACUGUGAACUUCUCGGUUUGCAUGCAGUGCCUCACCUUGUGGCCAACCUGCCUGGAGGCCAGAGUCAAUCUGGACGUGUUCUUUCAGAGGAAACUGUGGUUUCUGUACUGAGCACGCUCGCCGAGGUGCUAGGCAACAGCCUGGAGGCAGCAAAGACUCUCCGAGCCUCACAGGGUAUUGAGAGGCUGGUGCUUAUUAACAAGGAUGGCAAGCGUUCCGACCGUGAGGUGCGGGGGGCGGGCCAGGUGCUGCAGCUGGUCUGGGCCCACAAGGAGCUGCGUCGGCCUCUAGAGAAAGAUGGCUGGAAGAAGACGGACUUCAUGGUCAACACCAGCACCACCAACGGCCCGAGCACCCGUGCUAACGGCGCCUAUGAGGACAGCACCACACCACUGCUGGACAGAGGGGAAAAGAGGGACAUGAUUCCACUAAACGACCUUGGCCCUGAGGCCUACUCUACACUGGACCAGAGGGAGAGGAGACACACUCUGGAUGAGACCACAGACACUUUACCGCGAGGGGUGUAUGGGGGCAGAAAGGGCUCCCUGCCUCUGUUGGACUCCUACGAUGGUUAGCCUUCCCCCCCUCCCCUCUACUCCCCUCUGCAUGUAACAGCAUGAAAAACUGAUCGUGUGCAUCACUCAGACUGGGCCGUCCCUGCCCUACCACUGCUACUGAGGAGAGAAGAUCCAAAUGCACAGACUCUCUCCCUCUCCCCAUCCCACCCCMCCCCCYUCUCUCUCUCUCUCUCUCUCUCUCUCUCUCUCUCUCUGUGUCUGUCUCUCUCUCUCUCUCUCUCUCUCUCUAUCACCCUGCAGAUGGGAUCAGGAGUUGAGGGUUGGCUUCCAAAGAAAGCAGUUUGUGUUGCAGACAUGCAAGUUUGGUGCAGCACAGACCAACUUUUUACAAAUUCAUUCAAGUUGUAGCAACAAAACUAUAUUCUGUUUUUGAAUGAUAGUUCUUCUGUAAAGGCAAUCACCUUAGUUGACAAUCAUUUAAUUCUGGUGUUGUCAUCCUGCUUUUUUAUGUUCAUUUUCUUUCUGUUGUCGACAUGUUGCUGCCAACACCGUUAUCCUGAUGAUGAAUUUGUACGUAGACUUCUAUGUAGGGUAUAUACUGUAUAUAAAAAGAAAAUGGGAUCGACUGCAUUAGUUUUAGCUCAUUAAUUUAAAUCAUCCCUGUACUGGGAAUGCUGGGAGGGUGGGACGUGGCGGCAGACCGACAACGUCCCUGUAGAUUGAGAAUGUUUAUAUAGGAGUUAUUUUCCUGUCUAGAGUUAUUUUCUCUCGGUUGGGACGAGCUCAGGCGUGAACAAGAGGAGGCAGGUGUGUGUAUAUUUGUCAUACAGUAAACCUGUGGCUGUGUGUGUGCGGAAAAAAAUUAAUAUGGACCUUUUUGAAUGAAAGUGUGUGUGCAUGGACCCGACCACGUGUUGAUUAUCAGCUCGUCGUCUCUUUUUAUCGUGUGCUUCUAUUCCUGUGACAGAGCUUUUUUUUUAUGUACCAACUGCCUCUUUUUUUGUUCGAUACUUAUAAUUUCCAUCUUUUCUUUUGCCCCCCCCCCUGUGAAAAAAUGACAGUUUCAGCUGCUGUGUUUUGACUUUAAGCAGAAAAACACAUCAUUGUGAAGCGUGGAACAUGCACCACUAAACCUCUUAAACUUUUAGACAUCCUGCUUCAGAAACCAUUCCAUGCUCUUUUAUUUAAGGUUAACACUAUGGACACAACAUGAGUCUUCGGAAAGGUCUCUCGACUAAUAUUUAUCUCUGAUUUGUCCUCAAACUGAUAAAAAUUACUACUUGCUCUUUCUUUGCAAUUUUUAGUCAUUGAGACGUGCACAUUUUCAUUCCUGUCGUGCCGUAUUUACAUAAAAUCCCUUCUUCACUCAGAGGAGACUCGAGUUUUUUACAGACUGAUUUGGGAGAGACUUUGAUGUUUCCUUAAAAGUUGGACAAAAAGCACAUUUUUUUUGUCUUGAUUCUCUUUUUUUGUACUUUUAAUCUGUCUGGUUUGUAUUUUAUUUCGGGGUUUGUAUGUGAGGGAGCGGUGGAUGCAAGAAUUAUGCAAUUAGUUCCACUAUUUAGUCCCAGUUUUACUGCUGACUUGUUUUAAAGGCAAAAGAGACCAAUCAUCUUUGUUUUUUUUACUCUCCACUCAUAUAGUAUAUUUGUACUGUUGCCUAUCCAUGUAAAGUUAUGAUGUACCAUUCAUACCUGCCUUGGCUCUGAGAAGUUGCUUUUUUCAGUAAAGUAUGUAACUGGUAAUACUGUUGUUUUUAUAAAUAAAGAUCUUUUCUUAGACAA